CUUUUUUAUUUUCAAUGUCAAGUUAAUGUCAAAUAAUAAGGUCAGUUCUCAUUGUCACAGUCACAUCAAGAUUUACCUGUGUUUUACAUUCUAUUGGUUUAAAAAAUAUAUAACUAUAUUAACAACCAAUCAAAUAAACGUAAAGUCGUAUUACUUUGCGCCUGUGUAAGUUUCAAUUUGAAAAAGUUUCAUAUAAAUACUUCGCUAAGAUAAUUUCAAGUUUAUUUUGUCGAGUUUCCCGGCGUUACUAUUUGUUGUAUUUUUUGCUUAGUAAUUCAUUUUUAUCUCUAAUUGCGAUAUAUAAAUAUCGAGUGCUUCUUAUACAUAACCUGCGAUUCGCACGAAAAGAAAGUACCUACCAAUAAUUUAUUAAGUGGAUAACCUACGUGAAAAUGGAAAACAAAACAGAUUUUGAAUAUCCUCACACUUUUAUAUUACUUGGGGCAUCUGGAGAUCUAGCAAGAAAAAAGAUCUACCCAACUAUAUGGUAUUUAUAUCGGGACAAUCUAUUACCUCGUCACACCAAGUUUGUUGGUUAUGCUCGUACAAAGCAAACAAUAUCUGAGGUAAAAGAGAAAUGUAAAAAAUAUUUGAAAGUGCGUCCAGGUGAAGAAGAGAAACUGAAGGAAUUUUGGGAAGCUAACGAAUAUUUUGCUGGUUCAUAUGACAAGAGAGUUGACUAUGAAAUGCUCAACCAACUCAUUAGUAAGUUUGAAAAAGGCCCAGUGGCUAACAGAAUAUUUUAUCUAGCAGUACCUCCAACUGUGUUUGGAGAUGUUACAGUGAAUAUACGAAAUGCAUGUGUGUCUAUUAAAGGAUUUACAAGAGUUAUCAUUGAAAAACCUUUUGGUAGAGAUGACGAUAGUUCACAGAAACUAAGCAAUCAUCUGGCUGGCUUGUUCAAAGAAGAACAAAUUUAUAGGAUUGACCAUUACCUUGGUAAAGAAAUGGUUCAGAACUUGAUGACUAUCAGGUUUGCCAAUCAAAUAUUCAGUCCUUCAUGGAACAGGGAGAAUAUUGCAUCUGUGUUAAUUUCCUUUAAGGAACCAUUUGGUACUGAAGGUAGAGGUGGCUACUUUGAUGACUUUGGUAUAAUUCGAGAUGUAAUGCAAAAUCACCUUCUGCAAAUUUUAUCACUUGUGGCCAUGGAAAAACCUGUUACACUGAAUCCAAAUGAUAUAAGAGAUGAAAAAGUUAAAGUAUUACGCCACAUCAGCCCUAUUCAGCUGAAUGAUAUCCUGGUUGGACAAUAUGUAGGCAAUCCUGAAGGCAAAGGUGAAGAAAAGUUGGGAUAUUUGGAGGACCCAACUGUGCCAAAAGAUUCUGUGACACCCACAUAUGCACUCGCUGCUCUCCACAUUAAUAAUGCUAGGUGGCAAGGUGUACCUUUUGUUCUUCGAUGUGGAAAAGCUCUAAAUGAGCGAAAAGCAGAGGUAAGGAUUCAGUACAAAGAUGUACCUGGUGACAUCUUUAAUGGGCAUGCAAAGAGGAAUGAGUUGGUGAUUCGUGUUCAGCCUGGUGAAGCUCUGUAUUUGAAGAUGAUGAGCAAAUCACCUGGAAUGAAGUUUGACCUCGUUGAAACUGAAUUGGACCUUACUUACAGCAUGCGUUAUAAAGAAACAGAUGUCCCUGAUGCAUAUGAGAGACUUAUUUUAGAUGUAUUCACUGGCACACAAAUGCAUUUUGUAAGAAGUGAUGAAUUAGAAGAGGCUUGGCGUAUAUUUACGCCUGUUCUGAAAGAACUAGAAGGCAAGCGUAUUAAACCUGUUCCUUAUGUGUAUGGAUCCCGUGGACCUCCAGCUGCAGAUAGCAAACUUGCUUCCUACGACUUUAAGUACAGUGGUUCAUACAAAUGGCAAAAGCCUACUCUAUCUUAAGGAAAAUUUUAGUUUGGUGGUUAAAGUUGAUGGUGGUGGUUUGCUUCUGUGGUUUUUGAUAUUAUGAUAUUGCAUAAUAAAUUAUAACAUUUAGAUGUAAUCAGUUCUCUAAGUUUAAACUGUCAAAUACCAAGCGGUCACCGGUGACCGCAACCUAUUGUUCUAUAAUUGUGUCUGCAAAACCGGUACUCGACGAGUUAAGGUACAUUCCAAUUUUAUCACAACUAUUUAUAAUUUCUCUUAUUUAUUACUCUGCAUUCCUUCACUGCAACUAACAUAGAAUUAUUUGUGAAAGUAUUUCUUUAAUACUAGAAUAUUUCUAUUCAUUGUAUUUACAAUUUAUUGCAUGAUAUUAAUAGUAGUAGUAGAUUAUUGGGACCAUUUAAAUUCAUGACAAUGGUUGUGCGAGUGCCUUAUCCACUUCUUUAAACUGCCUGAUAUUUACUGUGACAAAUUAAUGUAAGGUAUGAUAAUCACGUGAGACGCAAGUGGGGGUUACCUCUGAUCAAAUUAUUUUAAGAUAAAUAAGGUCAGGUUAUCUCAUGUUCAAAAGUAAUGAUAAAAAGAAAUUAACUAAUCUUAUAUUGCCUUUAAAUGCAAUUUUAAUAAUUAUGUUUAUGAUAUUUUUUUUAUUCAACAGAAAAAUUGUAAUAGUUUAGUAUUUUAACCUGUGGUCUUUUUUAUAAAAAAUCUUUAUACGAGUUGCAAUUACUUCAAAAGUACUAGCAGCUUACUGUUUGGUGAACAUUGGUGUUACACCAUAAAUGAAGUUGAAAACACUGGUUUAAAACCAAAACCAUCUGUUUCUAAAUAUUUACGCAUUUGUGAUUUCAAAUAUUAUAAAAAACUUUGUAAAAAUUAUUGUUGGUACAUGACCAUAGGUCUGUAUCUUAUAUAUAAUAAGGUAGCUUUGAUAUUAUCUUGUGAUGUUAAUAGUUUGAUUAUUUUUAUACAAUUAUACUGUCUAUAUACUACUUAGCACUAAGUUUAAAAGUUUUAUAUAGAGGUUUAAAAUGGGAAUUAUACAUAAUAUUUGACACCACUGGAUUGCAUACAUUUUCUUCUAAGAAAUAGUGUCUGAAUUAUUAUAAAAUGCAAUGAAAAAUUUGUUUAAAAGUUUCUAAAUUUAUCUGUGUUUAUGAUUUUUGCUUAUAUAAGUGAAACAAUUGGUAAUUAAUAAGAGGAAGUUAUCGAACAUUAUCAAAUACUUAUUUUGAUAUCUUUAUCCUUGGUUAUUGAUUGUAUUUUAUAAGUGCCUGCUCAUACAUAUGUUAAUUGUUUUAGAGUACAUGAUUUGUUGAUAUUGUGAGUGGAGGUGACAUCAUGACACAGCAAGAUUCAUUGCUAGAGUACUGGUAUCUCUGAUUCUUUUUCUUGAUAAAGAAUUUAUGAUUCUUUCUUACAAUCUAAGUCUAUUAAAGCAGCAUUAUUAUUGUAGGUACUUCAUGCAACUAUGAUUGAAAAUGUGUUGUUAUGAUGUCCCUCACCACAUGUAGGUAUUGUUAUUGAUCUGUUCCUAUUGGAUUCACUCAUUAUUAUUUAUUGUAAAGGACUUUGUGCCAAUGUAAUGCAUAAUAAAUCUUUGACCUUUUGUAAAGGUGAUCGCCCUUUGAAUUGACUUGCAUUAUUGAUCUGUAUAUGUAAUUAUACUUGGGAGAAUUAUUUAUUUUAUGUUGUAAACAUUAUUCAUUCAUUUUUGUAUCCUAUAAGCUUUUGACGCUGAAAUAAACAGUAUGGUGCUGAAAA